GCGUCGUUCACAUCCAUGCUUUCCACCACCCCGAGCAGUCUAUGAUCGAUCGUAUUUCAACUAAUAUUCCUUGAAGGACCAUGGUAUUGUUCAAGCGGAAACCGGUCCAGUACCUUCCUCGACCGGUCAUUGAAGAUGACAGCUCCGAGGUCUGGGUUAUCCCGGAGACCAACGAAGUUUUCGUCAACUAUGAACCGUAUCUGCAGAGAAUGGAUUUCUACAAGCAGCGGAGGUUCAUUUGCGAGAUAACGGGCCACUCGGGCCUGACGUUUUUCGAGGCUCUUCGAAGCGAGAUGGAGGAAUCGCGCGAAGUUAACAGCGUAUUCCCCGAUGCCCUCAAAGAACCCAUUCUGCGCCGAAUUCAGUUCUCCACAGUAUCGCGGGUCGAUAACCUUGUGGAUGAAGUUUACGAGGAGUUUAAGCAGGACUUUUACCCAGGAGAACCCGUCCUGAUCCUACUGGAUGAUAAUACUCGUCUUCACGGCACAAUCCGAGACAAAGUCAAUUUUCCGGACCAGCUCAACCCUGAUGGAACACUUAAAAGACCGGCCUAUUCCACGUAUCUCGUCAAAGUUACGGAUCGUCCGAAUGAAGAGGCGCUACUGGACCAGGAGCACAUCACUCGCGAUCGGAAGACAUUUACCAAGCAAAUGCUGCGUGCGUUCAUCAAAAACAACGUAACUCGAGAAUCGUGGAAUGGUGCACCGUGGCUGGUGAAACCUUCUAUUGCGGAGGAGUUUAGAAUUCCGACUGAAGUACCAAAGCACCUGCAGUACGGGGCAAAGGUUGCAGAAAAGAAGGCGAUGAAAAAAGCGGACCAGGAAGGCUUCUUUGGCUUUUUCGCAUCACAGCAAUUACCCGAGUUGAAGCCCGCGGUAAAGGGCCAGAAAGGCAAGCCUUCCCAACAGGAUAUGGCCCGGAACAAAGAAGCACAGUUCCUCGAAUACCAACGCUCACUCAACGGCAACCCGACUUUUGUUGUCGCCAAUAAGCCCACAAAUGGAGCAGCCCGAUCCACGAAGAACCAGGAGACUGAAAAGAAGUCACAGCCUGUCCCUGCGGUUGUCGUCAAAGCCGAGCCUCCCAAGGAGCCAUCUCCUCCCCCGAUCAAGUACCCCAUCGAGGAUCUCGAUAUUGCUCCAGACCGCGAAAAGAAGAAGCGACGCCCGGAAUUGAAGUUCUUAACCGUGGACGAGACCGAUGAUCCCGAGGAUGCCGAUCUCCUGCAUGAUGAUAUUGACUUGGAAUCAGUCGGGCGUCUUCUGGAAACGUGGAACACUCUUAACGUCUAUUGCGAAGUUUUCCAGCUCGAUUCUUUCACUUUUGAUGAUUUCGUCCAGGCUAUGCGGUUUUCAUCCGAGGACGUGGACUGCGAGCUAUUCGUGGAGAUGCACUGCGCUGUCCUGAAGAAGUUGGUCAAUGCGGAGAAGGAUGACAAUGGCGCUGUCCAGAUAUCUCUACCGGAACUUCCAGACGAAGAAGAGGACGAAUCUGAGGAGGAAGACGAGGAAGAGGAGGACGAACCGACACCCGAACCUGAGCCAGUGGUCACGAGAAUGACCACUCGGAGUAGCCUGGCGAAGGCUGAAGCAGAGAAUCUCAAAGCGCAGGCUGAUCGGGAUCGUUCGAGCUCCGUGGAGGUCAAGAUUCAUCGCGCCGCAGAGAUGUUUGGGGAGUACGGCUGGAUCGAUCGCCUGCGGAAGCGUGAUUUCCGAAACGGGGGUUGGGAAAUGGUGAUUAUCGGACUCCUGCACCAGUUGUCCGCCCGUCCACGGAUGGAGAAGGUGUGCAAUGAGAUUUUGAAGCACCUAGCUCCAUUGGAUGCGGAACCCACCCAGGAGACUGCGCAAGCUCAGUACUCUACACUGGAUGUGAACCUACGCGUCCAGGCUCUCCAGAUCAUCUGCAUGCUCAGCCUAGAGACUAAAGCCAUCCGCAACUAUCUGGAGGAGUGCAGUAAUCAGAUGACCGAGUUCCGUAAGGAGAAGAUCGAGUAUCAGAAGGCGCGCAAGGCAGCUCUUGAAGAACUCCGCCGGCUACAUCAGGAGCGCAAAGCUCUGCAGCCCGAACCGGAAAAGUCACCCAGCCCAGCACCUGAAUUGGAAGUCCUGGAAGACUCCAAAAUGACCGGUGUGGAUGGCGAUUCGGAAGCUGUGGAUUCGGAUGAGGAAGAAGUUCCUCAGCGGACGCUUCGUGGGGGCAUAGACCGGGCGCUUGAACGCAAGCGCAAGCAGGAGGAAGAACGCGAGAGAAAAGAACAACUCGCCAAGCAACCCAAGGGCUCUAAGCAGUUCCAACGAGUGCUCAAGAAAAUCGAGGACCAAAAGGCCAACAUCCAGAAGCUUGAAGAUAAGAUCAAUGUCGUCGAUAAUGAUCUAAGGGAAGCCGACUGCCCGCGGACCAGGUGUCUUGGAAAGGAUCGGUUUUGCAACCGCUACUGGUGGUUCGAGCGCAACGCCAUGCCAUACGGUGGGAUGCCCAACAGCUCAACGGCAGAAGCGCAGUACGCCAACGGUCGCCUAUGGGUUCAAGGGCCCGAUGAGAUGGAGCGUGUGGGGUUCAUCGACGUCUCAGAUGAUCUGAGGAAACAAUACCAGAAGGAAUUCCAGACUACUCCCGCGGAGCGCAAGAAAACCGAGGAAGGACAUACCAGACUCACCAAUGCCACCGAAUGGGGCUACUACGAGGACCCAGAGGCGAUCGAUGCACUUCUCGACUGGCUUGAUUCGCGAGGCCACCGCGAGUCCAAACUCCGCAAGGAAUUGCUGCUGCAGCGUGAUAAUAUCGUGAAGUACAUGAAACACCGCAAAGAAUACCUAGAGCCGACGUCCGACGAGGAGGAGUCGGAGGAUGUCCCGGCUAAGCGCAUGAUAACGCGGAAUAAGACGUAUGUGGAUGAUAACAAGCAUCGCUGUAUGCGUUGGCGCAAUACCACGGCAUUAUCGGACAAUGGUCAUCUUCAUGUGGAUGCUUCACGGCCGACGAAGCGGGCGAAGAGGAUGACGGAUGAGCCCAAAGAAAUCAAGGCGACCAACCGUCAAGGCAAACCGCUUACACGACAGGGCACCAGAUACAACUUCUAAAGCAGCCCAUCGAGGCUUCUUUUUCAUUUUGGUUUUUGGACAUACAGGUGUUUCUGGGGGUUGAACGGCAUGCAUUGCUGAGGAUACUUGGAGUCGU